AUGUUUGAAAAGAAAAAAAAAGCAAAAAUGAAGAAUUCCAAAUUGGAAGUGGUUCCGGAAGAGACCGGAUCAAAAUUAACAGUGGCAACCGCGGAAAUUCCAAAGGGCAUUCCUCUAUGCCCUUUCCGCGUUAGCUCAAAGGCAACCAUCGUAGACGAUUCUGAGGAAUUUACUGCCUCCGAUGAGCCACUAAGUAAGCUAGGCAGCGAUAAGGAUGGAUUACCGCAACGCCUGACGGCCAUCGAAUGGUAUCGGUUACACUCAAACACCUACGGUGUGACCAGCUUUACGGCCAUUGAACGCGUGCUACAUUCGAUUGAACAAAGUCCUUCCAAGAUGGUGGAGCUCGAUUUUAAUCGCUGUGGUUAUUCUAAUCUACACAUUCAAAUCGCGCUGGAUGCGCUGCUACGAAUUCGACCGACCUGGGUGACGGUACUGGAUUUGAGCCACAACCAGUCGAUUAAUUCCUCGUUGGCACGGUUUCUAGGCAACGCAUUGCAGCAGCUACAAACCAUCGCCUACCUUUCACUAUCCUACUGUACCCUAGACGAUGAGUGUGUCUCUAUCUUGAGCGAUGCCUUAUCCAACUCGGGCGUAACCACACUGCAUGCCGAGCAUUGCCAAAUCACCGACCGGGGUGGAUCGGCACUGUUUCGUGCGCUGGCCUACAGCGAUUGCAUCGAGAAGCUUUUUCUCAGUUGGAAUCAGCUUGAGGUGGCCAGUGGAGUCGCCAUUGGCGCAUUCCUUGCCGUCCAGCGUACCACCAUCAGCGAGCUACGCCUGGCCGGUAAUCAGCUGUACCGUGAACAGAGUGCCAUUCCGCUGUUAAAGGGCUUGAUCGGUAAUGAAGCAAUUACCUACCUCGAUCUGUCUUGGAACGGUUUGCGUGGUGAAGAGAUCGCACGCACGCUACUGAAGGCGGUGCAGCAGACAAAGCUGUUGUAUCUCUCGCUGGAACACAACUUACUCGCCACAGAAGAGAUGCCUGUCCUAGUGAAGCUAAUGGCCAAAAGUGAAUCCCUUCAGGAGCUCCACCUUGGCGGCAACUAUCUCACCGAAGAGUGUUCGAUUGAUCUUAUAAAAGCUUUCACACGAAGCAGCUCGAUGCUGGUGCUCUCACUCGGGCCGCACUACUUCAUCACGACCCGUGCGGUUAAGCUGUGCAGACUAUGCCGGAAGCGAAAUCCACAGAAAACGAUAAUCUACCGAGGUGUCCUGCUCAAUAAUCCACCACGGCCAGUCGAUGUACAGGAGAUGCUGCUAGAUCGGGCCCGUUUUCUAGCGUCCAAACCAAAGAAACCUAAACUGAAGCGAGACUUUGGCCACCUGAUGCUACAGUUACAGGCUCUUGUGAGCAGGACGUCAUCGGUCGGCGAGGAUCCGGCCACCGUGUCUAGGGACGAGUUCGCAAAGGCCGUGAAAACGUUUCGCGUUAAACUCGAUCGUCCUCUGCUGGAGGCAUUGAUGGACGCGUUUGCGGUGGGACGGGACCAGGUGAACGUUGCCGCCAUGGCCACCAAGUAUCUGACGAAACAUCCAACGGCCGAACGUCCCGUGGAGAAGUCGGCGGAGAGGAGAACGAAAGCCAAAUAA